ACGAAACCUGAAAAAUGAAUGCACGUGUUUUUAAUCCGAUCGGUGCGUGGAACGAGGAUGGGCCGACUGUCUGAGCCCUCCUCAAGGUUCUACAUUUUUCCAGAGCAGCCGCACGCGAUUUUCUAAUUUACUAAAUUAACUAUCUGACACGACAGCCUGAUCUCUAACUAAAAAUAAUCAUAAUUCAAGAAUCAUUGUCCUCCUUCUUCCUCCUUGAAACUUCUGUCCUUAAUUAAUCAGGGAAUAAUAAACUAGAUGAACUAUGACCACGAAUGACUCGACCUUCUAUCGGAUUUGCGGUAUUCGUCCAGCAAAUAUAACAGCCAAAAACGAGAAACGAUAGUGUCGAUCGCGAACCUUUCUUUUCGAAUCCUAAACUAGCUGGCAGAAGUCCCUCGAAUCGAUCCACCGAUUCCUGUAAACAUGCCAACUACUAAAUUUACUGCGCAGACAGUUGGACCGGAAUCGACAACAAAUCAAGCCCCCCCGCGGGAACGUGAAACUAUCGAAAUUUCGAGUCGAGGAAACAAACGAGUCCCGCGAAUUAGGGGCAAGGUUCAAGAAGCCGUAGGAGAUGCCACGAAUCAGGAAAGGUGAUAAAUUGCCUAGCGCGACCUUGUACGAGGCUCAACCGGACAAUGAGACCAACAUUUUAGAUCUAGUCGGCCACAAGAGAGCGAUCAUCUUCGGUGUUCCCGGCGCGUACGUCCCCGGAUGCUCCAGGGUUCACUUAAGAGGAUUCAUAGAAAAAUCAACAGAACUGAAGCUGUUAGGCUUCGAAGAGAUAAUCUGCGUAGCCGUGAAUGAUCCGUUCGUGAUGUCUGCUUGGGGAAACGCCAGAGGAGCCAACGACAAAGUGAGAAUGCUGGCAGAUCCUACGGCGUCGUAUACCAAAGCCAUAGGGAUGGAGGUGGACAUUCCAGAAUUAGGAGGAAUCCGAAGCAGGCGAUACUCCAUGGCAACGGUGAACGGGAUCGUCAAAGAAUUGUUCAUAGAUCAUCCCAACGUGAAGCUCAUGUGUCUACAAACAGACGGUGUACCUACUUAUUGUACUUAAAGUAAACCAUGUAAAUAAAUUAAACAAUACAUUCUACCGAG